AUCCUCCUCGAUUCUCUCUAUUCACCAAACAAUACCCUACUUUGAUUGGCAAACUUCAAUGGCUUCUUCCUCAAGCAAAAUGACUUUGGUUCUCCUCCUCUUCCCUCUUCCUCCAUGCAACAUUAGCUGAGAUUGUGUGCGAGGAGUUGCCGAAGGAUCUGUGCGCGUUCUCGAUCGCGUCUUCGGGGAAGAGAUGCUCGCUGGAGACAUACGCGAACCAGAGUGGUGGGGUCGAGUACCAGUGCCGGACGUCGGAGGUCAUAGUGGAGAGGAUGGGCGGGUACAUUGAGACUGAUGAAUGCGUGCGCGCCUGUGGGGUCGAUAGGGAUGCCGUCGGCAUCUCCUCGGACGCGCUCCUCGAGCCACAGUUCACCGCCAAGCUUUGCUCCCCGGCGUGUUACCGUAGAUGCCCCAACAUCAUCGACCUCUACUACAAUUUGGCUGCCGGAGAAGGAGUGUUUUUGCCGGACCUGUGCGAGAUGCAAUGGACCAAUCCGCACCGUGCGAUGAUCGUGCUGAUGAGCUCGGGUGCAGCUGCCAGUCCGGCGGGUAGCGAGUCCUCGGACAUCACGGCCGUUGCUCCGGCUAUGUCGCCCAUGUAAUCUAUCGAUGUAAUUAAGCCAGUCUUCACUUUGUUGGUGGGUGAUAUUAUUCGUUGUCUUUGGUUGUUUCUAUCUUAGAUGGAGAAGAGGAAUUAUUAGCCAAGUAGAGAAGGAAGAGAGGUGUCUAGUCUAAAUUCUUUGUAUUUGGGUGGGGCUUGAGUAUCAUUUUCAGUUAUUUUUAUCUCCCCUAUAUAUAUAUUUUUUUUCUGUUAUGAUUAUAAAAUGGACAAAUAAAUAAAGACUUGCCACGCGCGAGACUUCCCAGUGAA